CUCCUAUCUAAUUCGACACAACACCAUCACUGCUGAGCACUUGACCUCAACAACCUAAAACUGUCACCAGCAUCAUCAUCGUAAGAACCACCACCAUGCCUACCAUCGUCGAAAUCACCGACAAGCAAGAAAUCCUCGAGCUAGGCCCCCCAGACAGGGAAAAAGCCUCGCUCAGCCCAGGCUCACGGCUCGGCUACUGGAGCGACGUCGAGCUACGAGCGCAGAUCGAAGCCAUCCGGAAGUCAACAGCCGGGGGGACAUUCCUGCCGAGCGCGCGCGACAUCGCCGACCUAUGGACCCGGCUACUGAGCCACGGGUUCCUGGAGCCGGCAUCACAAAGCUCAUGCGACGGGUACCGGAUCGUGACACGGCGGUUCCGCGACGGCGCGUCGCAGAUGCCGCUGCCCUACGUGGUGGUGGAUCUCGUGCGCACCACAUGCCCCAUGACCAUUCACAAGGAAACGACCCUCGUCCGCACCGUCUGCCAGGACAUGAGCGUCUUCCACCCGGAGCCCCACAUGACCGACGCCCGGAAGUACGAGCUCGCGUGCGUGGUCGCCGGCGCCGAUAAGGAUACCAAGCUUGUGUUUGUGAUUGCCAAGAGCCAUAAGCUGCGGGUGUGGUUCUUCAGCGAGAUGGAUUCGGAUGCUGCCCCCGCGGAUCUGUGCAGCUGUGACUUCCAGCCGUCUGACGUGCUGAGUCUUUCGGCCGACCAUGAGCGCGUGGAGGCUGUGUUUGCAGAUCUGCGGAUUGGGAUGUUCAGUACCCCUUCCCCUACGCAUUCGGAGGGGCCGGAUAAGGAGGACGAGGCCAAGGACACCGAUCGGUAUGAUGAGGACGGGUAUGAUGAGCUCGGUUUUGAUAGGGACGGCUACGAUAGAGAUGGCUAUGAUAGUGACGGGUUUGAUAAUCUGGGCUGGGACGCUGCCGGCUAUGACUUGAAAGGCUUCAACGAGGACGGAUUCGACAGGUCUGGCUAUAAUAAGGACGGCUUUACUUGCGACGGCUAUGAUAGAAACGGACUUGACAAGGACGGAUUCGAUAAGUAUGGCUAUGACAGGAACGGCUUCGACAAAGAUGGCUAUGGUGAAGACGGCUUUACUAGCGACGGAUAUGAUAGAAACGGAUUUUACAAGGAUGGCUAUAACAAGCACGGCUUCGACAAGGAUGGUCGUUACAAGGACGGCCACAAGGACGAUUCCGAGGACGGCUUUACCCCUGGCGAGUUCGACACCAAACAUGACGGUGACCCUGAAGAGGAAGACGCUCCUGAUUGCCUUGAUGAAGAUAGUCCUAAAGCUCAUCAUGAAGAAAACGUUCCAGAUCAUGAUGCUGAAGCAGAGGAUACACCUGACGCCUCUAAGAAUGGCCCAGUGGCCAAUGCUGAAGACAACGACCUUUCUUCUGAGCUUCCUUCUAGAGGGAAGGAUCCUCAUUAUAGUGCCGAAGCAGAAGAUACACCUGAUGUACCUGAUGUACCUGAAGAUAAGCCCGAUACCACGCCCGAGACCGAUUCCAACGGCGUCGAUGGCCUUGAUUCCAAGCCUGUUUCCAAGGAGAAAAAUCUUGAUAAGGAUAUCAAAGCACAGGACACUCUUGAUGUCUCUGUAGACAACAGCCCUGAGAUUCAGGUCGAAACAGAAGAUGGUCGGGAGCAUCAUUCUGACGAACAGGGGAUUCCUGAUUGCUCUGAGGAGAAUGGUCCUAUAGACAACGCCGGCGACAGUAACCCUAAGAAUGAUCCGCAGGAAGACAACACUCUUAGUCAUGCUGAGAACAACCCUGAGACCCCAUUAGAUGGUUUUAAGGUUCUCUCUGGAAAUCAGGCUGUUCCCGAUUGUUGCGAAGAAGACAUUCUGAAGGACAACUGCGACCAGGAAAAAUCUGAGAAUAUUUCUGACCAACGUGAAGUACCAGAUGAUUCUGCUUGUGCUGAGGACAAAUCAGAAGUCUCGCCUGUUGAAGAUACUUCUGAGAACAAUCCUGAAGGCCAGGAUGCCCCUGGCUGUGCUGAAGAAAACAUCGCUGAUGGCAACCCCAACGGAGACAAGCCCGAUGACAGCCCUGGAGAAUCCGAUCCUUCUCCUUGUACUGAGGACAAUUCCGAGGCUGUGCCCGUUGAAGAUACUCCUGAGGUCAACUCUGAGAAACAGGAUGCUUCUGAGUACCCUGAAAACGGUAUGUCCCAAAACGAAGGUGACGAAGAAAAGUGUGAGGACAGCGAUAAAGAGCCCGAUACGGGAGAUGACUCUGACAGCGUCUCCCUGUAAAGGCUUUUGAUGACAGUUUUGAUACCUGCUUGAUUAGUCACUCAACAGAAUUCAAUCAUAUAUCCAAUUUUUGUUAUUUUCCUUCUGUAGAAUAUAGGUCCUCAAAGUAGUACCCCCGGUCCGUCAUAGUGCAUAGGCCCCCGUCUUAGCGUUCAGUCGAAUCUGAUCUCAAAGGAGGCUCAAGUCGCGCUUCACACCGCAACGCAGCCUUGUCCGCACAUACCCCAUUCAUAAGCCGUGCAGGAUAAUACGAAGUUGCCCGGCCAUGGGGCUCACGAUGACCCAGGUUCACGACACCAAUGAAACGCCAGCAAUAGUAAACAGACCCGGCUACACCGCUGCGACUUUUCAUUAGGAGACCGUGACCCAUGGACUAUAACUCUAUU